ACAUCAAUAAAGGGUUCACCAUUUUACCCAUAUUGCACAACCUCUUCUGUAAACCUUUGUUGUCUUUGUCCUUUUCUUUGUCUACUGUUUAAUCACCCCUGUGUCUGUUCGGUCAUUCACUGUCGCUGGGUGUCACCAUGUUGGAGCACAUGUCUCGCCGGUCUCGCUCACUCCUGUCCCUCUCGCUGACCUCUCUGGCCCUGGCGUUGUCGGUGUUGGCCUUCUCUACCUCCUACUGGUGCACAGGGACGCACAAGGUGGUCAAGCCUCCGUGCCUGUCUCCCGUCAAGAUGAAGAACUGUGGACAGAACAACAGCCAACCCUACACCACUGAAAGUCCUACAGUUGACCCACGCAAGCCUGUCUCCAACAUCACGCUAACCUCAAGCCAGAAGGAGGAGCAGGCGCGAAUACGGGCCAGGAAGAUGGCCAACGCCGUGCACUACAUCUGGGAGACGGGCGAGGACAAGUACAUGCUGCGCUAUUUCCACACCGGCUUCUGGCUCUCCUGCGAGAAACACAAUGAAGGGGAGGUCUGUCGGAGUUUCAUUGAGCUGACACCAGGAGAGACACAAGGUGUGCUGUGGCUUUCUAUGAUCUCUGAGUUUGCGUACAUCGGACUGCUGGCCAUGGGCUUCCUAAUGAUGUGGGUGGAGGUCUGCUGUCUCUGUCUCAGUAAGGAGAUGUAUGCCCUGAAGAUCAACGCCUUUGCAGCCAUGUGCACCGUCCUGUCAGGUUUGAUGGGUAUGGUGGCCCAUAUGAUGUACACCACAGUGUUCCAGAUGACCGUGAGCAUGGGGCCUAAAGACUGGCGGCCACAGGAGUGGGACUACGGCUGGUCUUUUGCCAUGGCCUGGCUGUCUUUCAGCUGUUGCAUGGCCGCGGCUGUCUUCACACUCAACUCCUACACCAAGACUUUGAUCGAGAUCCGGCACCGGCAGCGCAUCCAAUUGGAGGAGGCCCGCGCCGCAAGCCACGCCCCCUCCUACGAUGAGGUCAUUACAGAAACUGACGGUGGCGGCGGCAGCAUGUACUCCGUCAACCGCCUGCUGCGUCAGGCCCAGCAGAGCACGCUGAUGGAGAACAUUUGGCCCCCCCACGCCGCGCUAGUGAUGGGCCCGGGGGGGCACAUGGCCCGUGGGGGGAUGGUGCUGGUCGGGGGGUGCGGGACGGAGGGAUGCGAGGACUGCGUGAGGGAGAUGGACGAGAUGGAGGACGCACAGGAGGAGGACUGUUCUGUGUCACAGUUGGAAGCAGGUGACAGUUGGAAGUAG